AGUGCAGAUUUCAGUAAAAAAAAGAAAAUAAUAAUUCGAUUGCGCUUUAAGAGUUUCGUUUUAUUAUUCCUUAUCGUGUAAAACCUUGUUUGCGAUUCUGUGACCCCUUGCGACUAUUUUCAAGCGGUCAAAUAUGUUUUUAAUGUCCGAGAUAUUUAAAAAUGUUGUGAUAAAAAAACAAUGGAAACUUAAUUACGUACUUUAAAAUGAAAUAUUAUCGAGAGAUGCAACGGAACUAAUUGUUUGAUCUCAUUAAUUAAAUUAAUGAAACAUAAACAACUCGUUACACUAUUUCCGCGUGUAAUUUGUACUCUAACUUUAUCUACUUACAUGUUUUUAUGUCCUGAUAAAACAUAAAAGCAAAUUACCUAUCUAAUCACGCCAUUUCUUCCCUAACAUCGUAGUAUGUUGAACACGAGAAAAAUUAAAAUCCAAGAAAGGAAAUAUUGUAUAAGCAUAAUUGGACAUAAUUGGAUUAAAAAGCUAAAAACUCAUUACAUUCAUCAUAUCGGUGGAUCGAUAUCUCGUUGCUGGAUGUUAGAAGAAAAUUCAUUUCUUUAGAUUUCCAUCGAGGCCAUCGAGAAUUCAAAAUAGCAAAAAUAAAAUGAUGGAAAUAUGAAAUCUGAUUUCCAAAUGUAAUUCAUUAUCCAUUUGAUGUUACCAUAAAUUUCAUGGUGAAAUAAUACCCUCGCCCAAUAGCUUUUAAAGUUAAGACAAAAUAGGAUACCUGAAGUGAAAUACUGUUAUCAUGUCGUUGGUGAGCUUUUUUUCAGUCGCGUGAUAUCCAUCGAGUCGAAAGGACAUUCGGAAACGUUAGACGUUGGUGAAUAAUACAGCCUUUGCAAAAAAAAGAACAAAAAUAGCAAAAACUAAAAUUACCGUGUCAUACGCAACCAAAGUAAUUUAUUUUGUGUUUUUUGAUUGAAAAUGUCCACAAUGUUGUUUGCAUCGCUCCUACUUUUAUUCAGCGGAAUAUGUUUUGAAGUAUCUGGGCUACGAUGUUGGGUUUGUCGAUCGGAUGAAAUGAAUGCCUCAUUUUGUGGAGACUAUUUUGACAAAGAUUUGAUAUCAGAUCAGCAACGAAGCUAUGUGUAUGUCAAUUGUUCCCGAGAGCUCACGUCGAUGAAAAAUCCACAUACUAUUCCGGAAGUUCCCGUAUGCCGAUUAAUAAAACAAACAGAGAACAUGACAACUGUAAUUUAUCGAGGAUGCCACUUCCAACAGGAUGGACUACCACGCGACUGUCUUCAUAAGAAAUAUCCGGAUGGAAUAAGGACUGACUACUGCCUGACCUGUUCAACUGACGGCUGUAAUGCAGCAUUAGAUUAUGAUCUUUUGAAAAAAUCACUUCUAACAAGUAGCGCGGUCGGAAUGACUAACUCGUUGAAUAUUUUAUUAAUUUUCGUUCUAAUAUUCGACUGGUUAUUCUGAAGUUCGCAUUUGAUUUUUUUCGCAGAGAUAUUGAAAUAUCAGGACAGGUUAUUCCUGCUUUUUGUUCAUUGAAUUCAAAGGUUACAGUUGUCGUUGCACUUAAUUAAAACAACAAUUCAAAUGUGCACUUGUUCAGACUAGUCUUAGAGAUGUAAAGUCGAGUUGAAGUAGAAAAUUGAAAAUUAAACUCCCAGUUAAAAAAAAA